AUUCAGUUCAUUAUCUGGUGUCGUUAGAAUCGUUGGUGUUGCUGUCGUUACGUUGAUAUCUGAAUUAAUGAAAAUUUAAUAAAAUUUUAAAAGAAAUUGGUAACUUGCAUUUAACUCACGUUGAUAAGAACAAAAUAUAGCAAACAAAUUCUACAUUAACUUAAAACGCGUGAAGUUUAAGAUCCCUUUGCUUGAGUUCAAAAUCUGAUACUAGUUCGAAAGUUGACUAUUUAACGCUACAAUCACGGCGUCUUAUAGCCCCUACUCAUUUCAAAACCUUCAGCAAUUUACCAAACGAAAACGAAUCUAUGCGUCCACCGGCAGCGCGGCAAAUAUUAUGAUGGAUCGGGAAAGUCUUAGCGAAUGGGCUAAGGAUAAACCUUUAAGCAUAUUGCAACUUGAUCCAGCCGAUCGAGCAGUAUUACGUAUUGCAGAUGAACGCGAUGCAAUACAAAAGAAGACAUUCACAAAAUGGGUCAACAAACAUCUCAAAAAGACAUAUACAAUGUUACAUGUUUGUGUGUACACAAAUGGGUCACCCUGUUGUCGUCAGCCAGCAAAUCGACGUGUAGAUGAUCUCUUUGAAGAUUUGCGAGAUGGUCACAAUUUGCUAUCACUUUUAGAGGUGCUAUCGGGCGAACAUCUGCCAAGGGAAAGAGGUAAAAUGCGUUUCCAUAUGCUUCAAAACGGACAAAUGGCACUAGAUUUUUUACGAUACAAGAAAAUCAAAUUGGUUAACAUUAGAGCCGAAGACAUUGUGGAUGGAAAUCCUAAAUUAACAUUAGGUUUAAUCUGGACUAUAAUUUUGCAUUUCCAGAUCUCCGACAUUGUUGUUGGUAAAGAAGAUAAUGUCUCUGCGAGGGAAGCACUUUUACGUUGGGCUCGUCGUUCUACGGCUCGGUACCCAGGUGUACGUGUUAAUGACUUUACAUCAUCUUGGCGAGAUGGACUUGCUUUUUCAGCGCUUGUUCACCGAAAUCGUCCUGACUUGCUUGACUGGCGAAAGGCAAGAUCUGAUCGACCAAGGGAAAGGCUAGAAAAUGCAUUCCAUGUUGUUGAAAAAGAAUAUGGUGUAACACGUUUAUUAGAUCCAGAAGAUGUUGAUACGAAUGAACCUGAUGAGAAAUCAUUAAUAACAUACAUAUCUUCACUAUAUGAUGUGUUCCCUGAACCACCAUCAAUACACCCGUUAUUUGAUAUGGAGUCACAACGUCGCAUGCAUGAAUAUCGUGACUUAGCUCAACAAUUUAUAUACUGGUGUCGCGAAAAAACCGCAUAUUUACAGGAACGUUCGUUUCCACCAACUUUAAUCGAAUUGAAACGUCUGUUAAAUGAUAUUCAUCGUUUUCGCACUGAAGAAGUUAGCGCUCGUAAACGAGAAAAAUCAAAAUUAUUUCAAAUAUAUAAAGAACUAGAACGAUAUUUUGAAAGCAUUGGAGAAGUAGAUGUAGAACCUGAUUUACGUCCUGAUGCGAUAGAGAAAGCAUGGUAUCGCAUUCAAAGUGCGCUAUCAGAUCGUGAACUUAUACUACAGCAGGAAAUAGAGCGUCUAGAACGCCUGCAACGGCUGGCGGAUAAAGUUCAACGUGAAAUUAAACAUGUUGAUAUGAAGCUCACAGAUUUGGAAGGACGAAUCGCUGAAGAUGCUAAACGCGUUGAGCGUCUCCACCCAGUUGAUGCAAAAAACAUUGUUGAGUCUUUGGAAACAGAAAUAAGACAUUUAGAAGAACCAAUACAAGAUAUGAAUCAAGACUGUCAUGUGCUAAAUGAGGGUCGCUAUCCACAUGUAAGCGAAUUGCACAAAAAGGUUAAUAAGUUGCAUCAACGUUGGGCACAACUUCGAACUUCAUUCCACACAGAUUUGGUACAAAAAUUAUCUGGUCUAAAAUAUCCUAUACAUGAAACUACUGUUACACGCCAAACACGCAUGGUUGUUGAAUCGCGACAAAUUGAUACGAAUCCUCAUUUCCGAGAUUUACAGGAGCACAUAGAAUGGUGUCAAAAUAAAUUGAAACAAAUACUUGCAGCCGACUAUGGAUCAGAUUUAUCAUCUGUUAAAGAAGAAUUGGAUAGUCAACAACAUGAACACAAAAUUAUCGAUCAAUUUCACUCUAAAAUUGUAAAUGACGAGCGGCACCAAAUGAAAUUUUCUGGCGAAGAAUUGAACUUAUAUCAACAGCGUCUGAAUCAGCUACAAAAACUUUACGCUGAAUUACUUAGCACAUCAACUAAACGGCUAUCUGAUUUAGAUUCUUUACAGCAUUUUCUAAUUCAAGCAUCUGCGGAAUUACAGUGGCUUAAUGAAAAAGAACAAAUUGAAUUAACACGUGAUUGGGCAGAUAAGCAGUUGGAUUUACCUUCAGUGCAUAGAUAUUAUGAGAAUCUCAUGUCAGAAUUGGAGAAACGAGAAAUUCAUUUUUCCACCAUAUUAGACCGUGGUGAUGCGUUGCUUAAUCAACAGCAUCCAGCUUCUAAAUGUAUAGAAUCGCAUUUAACAGUACUACAACAACAAUGGGCUUGGCUGCUUCAGUUGACGCUGUGUCUUGAAGUCCACUUAAAGCAUGCUACCGAAUAUCAUCAAUUUUUUGCUGAAAUAAAAGAUGCCGAGCAAUGGCUCGUGAAGCGUGAUGACAUUUUAAAUAGCAAAUAUUCUCAAUCGGAUUUUGGUCUUGAUCAAGGUGAAGCUUUAUUACGUGGUAUGCAGGAUUUACGUGAAGAAUUGAAUGCUUUUAGUGAAACUGUUGCUAAUUUGACCCAUCGGGCUCAAACAAUUGUUCCACUAUAUAAAAGACGACAACCGGUAAAUAAUCAAUGCUCUGUACAAGCAAUUUGUGCUUAUAAGCAGCAAGGUCAACUACAAAUUGAAAAGGGAGAAACUUGUAUCUUGCUCGAUAACUCUAGUCGAGUUAAAUGGAGAAUUCGUAAUUCAAUAGGACAAGAGGGUUCAAUUCCUAGUGCUUGCUUAUUAAUGCCUCCUCCUGACCAAGAGGCAAUUGAUGCUGCUGAACGACUUAAACGGUUAUUCGAUCGUUCUGUGAGCUUAUGGCAAAAAAAACAUUUACGUCUACGUCAAAAUAUGAUUUUUGCUACAAUUCGUGUUGUCAAAGGAUGGGACUUUGACCAAUUUCUUGCAAUGGGUCCAGAACAGCGUACAGCGAUACGGCGUGCACUCAAUGAUGACGCAGAUAAACUUUUAAGUGAGGGUGAUCCAAAUGAUCCACAAUUGAGACGUUUACGCCGUGAAAUGGAUGAAGUAAAUCGUUUAUUUGACGAAUUUGAAAAACGCGCUAGAGCUGAAGAGGAAAGCAAACAAGUUAGCCGAAUCUUCACAGAAGAAUGCAUUGCAAUCAAAGGAAAACUUGAGGAUAUGGCACGAGAGUUAGAUCAAAUAAUACUAGCACCACUACCACGCGAUCUUGAUUCUUUGGAACAUGUUUUAGAAAUACAUGCUGAUUAUGAUCGUCGCUUAAAAUUGUUGGAUCCCGAAUUAAAACAUUUGCAAGAAACUUUCCGAAGUAUUGCAUUGAAGACACCAGUGCUUAAAAAGAGUUUAGAUAAUCUAUUAGAUCUAUGGAAAGAGCUAAAUACGCAAAGUAAUUUGCAUAAAGAUCGUUUAAAGUUAUUAGAGACUUCACUAGCUGGUCUGGAAGACAAUGAACAUGUUAUUUCGGAAAUUGAAAAUGAACUGGCAAAACAUUAUGAUUUACCAUCUACUGCUGAGGGUUUGCAAAUAGUGUUCAAACAAUUAACACAUAUGCAGGAUGUUAUCACACAACAGCAACCACAAAUGGAUAAAAUGAAUGAUGCAGCAGAUCAACUUGGUCGUAUGGGAGUUCCAACAAAAGUUCUUGGAGAUCUUAAACGAUUACAUACGAAUGUGGAACGUUUGAAUACGCGAUGGAGUACCACUUGUAAUCAGCUUGCUGAGAGAAUGCGUUCAUGUGAAACCGCAAUUGGUCUCAUGAAAAAUCUUCAAUCAAGCGUGCAAGUCGAAGAGUCUUGGGUUGAUGGUACAACAGAAAAGUUAUCUGCUAUGCCCACAGCAACGUCAGCUUAUGAAUUAGAUAAACUACUUGGAGCUGCAAUUGAACAAAAACCAAAAAUCGAACAUGUCAAUCUGGCUGGAGGACGAUUAAUUCGUGAAGCAAAGAUUUACGACGCCAAAUGUCUACGCUUUGUGGAUUGGCUUAUAGAGGCACGUCCAUCUUUCUCACCACCACGACGAGACUUACGUCCACCAGACAGUGACCCAGGAGCAACACAGUAUUAUAGCCAUAGACUCGAUGCACUAAAUAUAAAAUACGAUAGAUUAUUAGAACAAUUAUCGCAGAGGCUUAAAACAGCUAUCGAAGUAAAUGGCAGCGAUGGCUUGCGUUUUGCUGAAAGUUUACAGAAGCCACUUAAGACUUUUAGAGUAGAUUUCAGCAGCAACAGUGUACCAACUGGCGAUGGUUACACUGCAUGUGAUAAUGAUUUAUAUACUUCAUCAUAUAAUACAACACAGUUUAAUGCAACUAACACAACAAAAGGCUUAUCAUCAAAGAACGUGUAUGAUAGCACAGAUUUUGCUCAAAGUAGCAAUGAUUUGUGUAGUGUAAUCAACACUUCUAGUCAAAAAUCUAAUAGCAAACAAUCACAAAUACAAUUUAACGAAAUACGGAGUCUUAAACGUGUACAACACUUCAAUGAAAGUAUCGGUAUCGACCCGUCGUCUAGUAAACAUUUGUUAGAUAUAGCUGGGAUACGUGACCCUAGUAGCAGUCGCGUACUAACUAUAGGUGAGGCAAUACAACUGCGUAUUUUGGAUGUACGAACUGGCGAAGUGCUAAUUGGGGAUAGUAGAAUUUCAUUGCAAGAUGCUGCUGACAAACAAUUAAUCGACACAAAUCUUGCUCACUGGCUUCUACAGCCUGGGGUGGGCAGAGAUUCAAGUGGUCGCGAAUUAUCACUGCUUGAAGUAAUCCAACAUGAGAUUAGUGAAGCUGAAAUCAGUUAUAAUACCGCUGGAAAACGUAUUAAGGUAUCAAUUGAGGAUAUUUCUGACAUUGAUAAUCCUAAAAAUAUUGCCGAUGCCAUUUCUGCUGGGAAUGUUGAUACAAAAACGGGCUUAUAUCGGAUUAAAUCCGGUAAAACUAUUAGUCUUGCGGAGGCUUAUGAGCGUGGUUAUCUUAUAAGACAUGAAUGUGUCACAAUAAAAUCUAAUGCGCUUUGCUUAAGCGAUGCAAUAGCUCAUGGGCUUGUAGACAGUUCAGGUUGGAUAGCCGAUCGUAAUACCGGUGACAAAUUUAGACUUGACUCAGCAAUUGCUAAUCAACUAAUAGAUCCCAAUAUACGAGAAGUAGUCGAUGCAAAGCAUGAUGUUAAAGUUACAUUAAAUCAAGCACUUGAAUCGGGAAUAUUAAAUCCUAAAACAGGCCGUUAUUUAAAUGAGGUAACUAAGGAAAAAUUGAUAUUUAUUGAAGCAAAAAAUCGGCACCUUAUUUGUAAACCAUAUACGCUAAAAGACAUAUGUGAUCUGAACUUAUUCGACAAAAAUGAUAAAAUAAUAAGUCCAAUGCGACGUGACAAGCUUAGUAUAAUGCAAGCAAUGGAAUAUGGUAUAUUAGAUGGCAAUAAUUUAAAAUGUGUAACAAAACGUAAAGGUGAAUUGGUAACUUUACAAGAUGCUAUUGCAGAUGGUAUUGUUUUGCCAGCUGAGUCAAAAUAUAGAGAUUAUAUGACUGGUGAACUAAUAACAAUACCAGAGGCAGUAGAGCGUGGUUUAAUAAGCUCCGUUACUCAAAAAAGUAUUUUCGAUAUUGAUGGUUUUAAAGAUUUAAGAAGUAGUGAUUUCGUUAGUUUUAAUACGGCCUUAUCGCGAGAUAUAUUACUAAAGAAAAAUACAGGUUUUGCUUUAGAAACAAGUAGGGAUGCAUAUUUACCUUUAGAAAUAUCUGUUAAAGAAGGUUUAGUGCGUCAAGAAGUUUUUGAAAUGUUUAACAAGGGAAUAGGUGUGCAUGAUGCCACCGGUAAAGAAUUAACUGUAUUCGAUCUAUGCUAUCAUAACUUAAUUGACCCUAAAACUGGAUAUUUACUCGAUCCGAAAACUGGAGAAACGGUACCACUUGAUUUAGCAAUAGAAAAAAAAUUCAUUACUCCCCAAGGUGCUUUAUUAUUAAGUAGUCUAUUAAAUAUAACCUUAACCACAGAAACUGUAACUCGUACAAUCAAUCGAUAUGUUACAAUACGGGGAACAUCUCAGGAGCCUUUAGAUAAAAAUUUGCCAACUUUUACUGAAGCUGUUCGUGAGGGAUUUAUUGACGAAGACCGGCAACUUUUUAAUGAUCCGAAAUCAGGAAAUAUAUAUUCUAUUCAACAAGCCUUAAAUUAUGGUCUUCUUAUACCCGAUGUAAAUGCAACUGUACCUGAACCAACAAAUCAUAAAAAGACAAAAUCAACAAUUACCAUUGUAACGAAACAAUUUAUUCCAGAAUCUGAACCAAUCAAAUUAAACACUCAAAAUUAUAUAGAAAAAUCUAUUGAAAUACCGAUUACUCACGAGAUUAUUAUGCCAAAUAGUGCAAUUUUUGACCACAUAAGUGCAGAAAAUAAUUCACACUUGAAGAAAAAUAUUAUUGAGAGACAAAUAAUAGAAAUACCUCCAGAUGGGUGGACUCUCCGUGAUGCGAUAGCAAAUGGUAUUUUUAAUCCAGAAAACGGUAUGUUACAUAUUCAAGGAAGUGACAGAGUAAUAUGUUUUCAGGAAUGCAUUAGUAAAUAUAUUAUUAAUAGAUUAUCAGUUUCAGUUCUUGAUCAAAAUACAAAUAAUAAAUUAUCAAUUGAUUUAGGACUAGAAAGGGGUAUUAUUGAUUGUUUCGGCAAUUACAAAACUAUGGAGAAUGGUGUCUUGAACAUGCGAAAAGCUCUAUCCAAUGGAUGUAUCAUUUUAGAAAAUGUGCCAAAUUCCAAUAUCCAUCAAAAACCUCACACAGUAUUACGUAUUAGCAAAAUAGAUAAAAUAUUCGAUGUAAUUGAAGUUUCAACUUAUAUAAGCGAUGCACCACCAAAGUUUAUUGAAGUUUCAACAUGCCAACGUGAUCUUUCUUCACCGGAGCCACUUCAAAUUGCUCCAGGAGCGAUAUAUGAUCCUUCAACAUCUUUAGUAAUAUUUACACAAAGUGGUAAGACUGAAAAUAUUUUUUCUGCGGUAGGUGAUGGCUUAAUUGAUCAAAAUGUGGUCAAAAUCAUUGACCCAACUACUAAAGAAGAAAUGUUGUUGAGUGAAGCGCUAGCAAAAGGAAUUUAUGAUCCUCAAAAUAAUACUGUUAAAACAGAUAAGGGUUAUAAUGUUGAUAUUAUAACAGCCACGAAACUUGGGUUGAUUACUGUUGUAGGUGCACCGCUCGUUGCAGCUGAAGGUGCGUUGCACACUGUGCGAUUUGUAACAGAUCCACGUACCGGUCAACAAAUACCAGUCGAAGUUGCUUACGAGCGCGGUAUUGUGUCAAAGGACCAGCUAUUUAAAACGAAAUCUAUCGAGAGUGAAGUUUUUGAUGAAAAAGUUAUUGUUUUACAAAAAAUGCGUAAAAUAAUUCUAAAACCCAAAGAUGCCUUAGAGAGAGGCAUAAUAGAUAAAGAAACAUUUGACAUACUUGAAGAUAAGCAGUUCUUUUUAUCUAAAAAUGGUGACAUAAUAUCUAUCUCCGAGUCAUUAAAUUGCGGAUUAAUAGAUGGAAAUAAAGGAAAAAUAAUUGAUCCACAACGAAAUAGAACUUUGAAUAUAAGAGAAGCAGUAAAUGCAAACAUAAUCGAUCCUGAAAAUACAAAUCAUAUUCUUAUUCCACUAGCAAUGAGUCUAUCUAUACCUAAAUUAAUGUCUCAGGGUCUUAUAGACAGAAAUAUUCAAAAAGUAAUUCACCCUGAAAGUGGUUAUCCUUUGAGUAUACGGGAAGCUAUAGUAUGUGAUGUAUUAGAUCCUUAUUCAUUACUAACAAAGCCAGUAAAUUGCACCAUAAUAGAGGGUAUUGAAAAAGGAAUAAUCGACGCUGAUAAAUCUCUAUUUAAAUAUAAACGAGAAUUUCUUAAUUUAACGCAAGCAAUUAAUGCUAAAUUAUUUGACUUAAGCUAUGAUCAUAAAAAAUUUGCUGUAGAAAUUCCACCUGUGGGAAUGAUAUUUCCAGUUGCAGUAGAAAAAUCAUUAGUAAUUCCAAAUAGAAAAGAAAUAAUACACCCAGACAACCAAUUAAAAAUUCCAAUACAGCAAGCAAUUGACGAAAAUUUUAUAAUGGCUAUUCCCUAUACACCACAAGCAAAUGCUAUUGGAAUUGAAAAAGCAUUAGACCUUAAUUUAAUAGAUGUUAUAAAUUAUACAAUGACUAUACCAACAAGUGAUGAAGUUAUUCCAAUCAGACAAGCCUUAGAAAAUGGUAUUCUUAUUGUUAAACCACUGUCAAAUUUUAUAUUAAGUCAAAAACCAUUUCCAACAACCGAAAUUGCGGAAACGAUUACUUCUGUUCAUACAGUUACAACAAAAACUAUAGAAUUAAUGCAAGGAUACAUAUUAAUAUCAAAUAAUGAGGUUAAAAAUAUAUCUACAGGAGAGAUUUGUACAAUUGAGAAAGCAAAAGAAAUUGGUAUUUUACGUGAAGAAUCUUCACCAAAAAAUAUUGGAACUUUAAUAAAAAAUGAUGAAAAUACAACUGAUGCUAAAGAAAUUUUGAAUCAAAUAGAAAGGAACAGUACAGAUUUAUUUCAAGCAACUACCAAUGCUUUAGAAAAUGAAACUUUAAUAAGUCGUGAUAAAGUUAUAGAAAUACAAGAACUUCCGAACGAAGGAAAUAAACAAAUUGACUUAAAGAAAAAUGAUUUAUCCAAUGAGUCAAAGUCAACCGUUUCUAAAUUUGAAUCUUUCUCAAAUACAUUCACUACAGUAAAAGAUGUCGCAAAAAUCGGCGCUAUGGGACUCAUUGGAGCACCUAUAUUAGCAAGUCAGGCUAUCGUUAAUGAAAUUAAAACUUUAUCUAAAUCUUCAGAAUCUAAAAAAGUUGACGAAAGCAAUGAAAAAGAGAAUAAUAUGGAUAUAUCUUCAUUCAGUGAAGGUAAUGUAACUAUUAGACCCAGAGAAAAUUUGAUCCCAGAUUCGAUUAUAAUACAGAAAUAUAUUGUCAACUCAACUGAUCAUUUGACAAAAGACCCUGAACAGUACAUUAGUAAUACAACAUCUAACUUUAUUGAAAACGAACAAAAUACUUAUUUGAAAAAAAUCAGAGAAGAAGAUUCGAAAUCAAUUACAAUUGAUAAUCGAAAAGAUAAAAAUCAUUUAACCUCAUUCCCAGUUGAACGUCUAGAUAUUGUUGAAAAUGUCUCAGUUCCACAAGUAGUUACGAUGGAACACGAACCUUUAACAACGACCACAACCACUAUUAGUCCCUCACUGCCUACAGUAAAUGAAAGAAAUAUGGAUGAUAAGGUUGCAAAAGAAGAACUUUAUAUGCCCACAGUAGUAAAUCGUCAAGUAGUAUCAACAGAUAUAUCAGAGUCUCCCGACAUUGAAAUUAAUCAGCAAUCUGAAGUUAUUCACACAAUUUUCUCAUCAGAAGAAUUAAAACAUGUUUCUAAAAACGAUAAAACGUUACCCCGAAUAUCGGAAACUACAAAUCCUACCAAUAUUUCUACAGAACCCCUUACCACUUCAACUAAUGACAAGGUUGUUGAAGUUGUCAAUGAUAAGCUAAAUGUUGAGAAUCCCAUAUUGAAUAUCGAACAUUACAAUGAGCCAGGUGAAAUAUUAGGACAUGAUAAUAUUCAAAGUUCACCACAAAUUUUUUCAGCUAUUUCAAAUUUUAUUACACAUGAAUCAAAUCAAAUUACUCCACAAUCUCAAAUUAUAGAGCAUACAUCUUUGCCUGAGAAGCUUAAUGCGUCAUUAAUAUUUGAAAAUGAAAAUACCCUAUCCGUAACUCUAACGGAUAUGUCUAACAUUGAAAAAAGUGAUGAUAAACAAACAUGUAACAUUUCACAAAGCGCAAAUAAAGAAUCGAAAUUAGGGGCAAUGGCAAUUAUUGCUGCUCCAAUUUUAGCGGGUAAAGCUUUAGUAGACACAAUCAGUCAUAGGGAAAAAAGUCAUAAUUAUGACUCUGCGACAAAUCCAAAUUUAGAGGCUGUUUCUGAACCUAGUAGUGAAUCAUUAACAGAAGACCUUGAAAAAGCAUUCAUUUCUCCAAGCAGUGUCGUUACAAAAACAACAUUUACAACAAAAACUAUAAGCUCAAAUGAAAAGCCUUUAACAUAUGAAUAUAUCGAUAAAAACACACCUGCACUCAACAUUCCAUAUACGUUACCAAUUGGAGAUGCUAUUCUGCAAAAUAUAAUAAAACCAGGACUGUGCAAAGUUGUUGUUGAUGGUGAAGUGCAAAGUCGAACUGUUGAUGAAUUGCUUAAGGAUAAUCAGUUAAGCCCCUUAGAUGAGAUUGAAGUUGUAGAUAGUAAUUUAAUAGUAUUACAACAUGCCAAAUAUUUAAUAGAUAUUGAUGACGCAUUAACACCUGAAAAUUUAGGUGAUCUUAACGUUUAUGACAUAGAUAAGCAAUACUUUAUAGAUCCAACAACUUUACAAAAAAUAUCAUUCCAAACCUUAGUUUUCGAUAUGAAUAUAUUUAAUCCUGAUACAAUUUUAGUUAAAAAUUUUAGUAGUGGUAAAUAUGAAAAUCUUAGAACUGCUCUUGAACGUCCUUUACUCGAUAGACACAGUGGGCAUAUGGUUGAUCCAAAAACGGGAAAAAAAGUACCUUUUUUUGAAUGCAUUGAACGUAAUUGGAUUACACGUGCAACUGUUGAUAGUGAUAAAAAGGUGGUAGCUGAAAAUGUUAUCGAUCCUAGAACUGGUGAAGUUGUACUUGACGAUGGUCGAAUCUGUUCAUUCAUAGACGCCAUUAACAAUGGUAUACUAGACAUUCAGUCAAUAUCAGUACGUGAUCCUGUUAGUGGUGAAGUAAUUCCACUGCGUAUGGCAAUUGAGUUGGGAGUAGUAGAUAUGCAAACCGGUACUGUAAUUGAUAUACAAACAUUACGAGAAAUACCCAUUGAAGAUGCAUUUAAAUUAGGUUUUUUAGUGUCUGGUGUUCGUAAACCAAUUUCACUAGAAGCUGCAGUUCGAAAAGGACUUUAUGAUCCAAAAACUGGCAAAUUAUAUGAUCACGAAUCUCAAAAUGAAGUUGAUGUUCAGAAAUCCAUUGAAAUUGGAUUAGUUAAUCCUAAAAUAUCACUUAUUGUCGAUACAAAUACAAACAAAGAGGUUAAAUUGGAUUGUGCAAUUGAAGAUGAAUUAGUUGUUGCAGAAAUAGGAAAAAUUAAAGAUUCAAAAUCUAACAGUCUUGUUCCUUUUGACGUAGGGGUUGAAAAAAAAUUAGUUAAAACGGAUAAAGUGACAUGGAGCUUACCUGAAUUAUUGCAGAGAGAGUAUUAUUCGCCAACUACAGGCAAAGUUCUUAAUCCUGUUAGUGGUGAAGAAAUUCUAUUACAACAAGCUAUUGAGCUAGGAUUUGUUGAACUGGAUAGUUGCCUAGUAAGGGACGAUGAGAAAAAUUCUGUAUUAUCCGGUAAAUUAGCGGCGAAGGAAGGGCUUUUAGACACAGUUAAAGGCACGCUUAGUUAUCCAAAUUUAAAAUUAGACGAUGCUUUCGUUAAGGGUUAUUUAAUAAGUACUAAAAAACCUUUAUCAUUGGUUGAUUGCUUGUUACGUGGCUUAUACAAUCCUGAAACAUCAAAAUUUGCAAUAGAUGAUAAACAUGUUGACUUAAAAACUGCUAUUUCAUUGAAACUUAUCAAUCCAGAAGAACUUGUAAUUUUAGAUCCAAAAACCGAUUCAAUCAUAUCUGUAACUGAAGCCAUUUCAAAAGGAUAUCUUGAUCCUGUGAAUGGUUUUAUUAUAAAUCCGUAUACUGCAACUAAGUUAUCUCUAAAUGAAGCACUUGAUUAUAGAAUUUUAAUACCACCGAAACGUAAACGCAGUUUACCAGAUGCAGUUUAUCGUGGUCUUUAUGAUCCUAAAACAGGUCAAUUCAGUAACACCGUCACUCGCGAAAAACUUUCAACUGAACGUGCCAUUCGUAGGGGCAUUCUUGAUCCCGACUCGACCAUUGUCAAUGUUGCCGGUCAAGUUAUACCAUUUGAAGUAGCUACUGAACUAGGUAUAAUAGAUGGUCUUCAGGGCACUGUUAAAUAUGAAAAUAAUGAAUCAAUAGACUUUAAAGAAGCAUUUGAUCGUGGUAUUUUAUUAGAAGUCAGAAAACCUGUUUGUCUAAUGGAGGCCGUUGUUAAAAAUAUUUACGAUGAACAAUAUGGAUGUUUUACAGACCCUAAAUCAGGCAAUAAACUAACUUUUGCACAGGCCUUAGAAGAAAAUUUAUUGGAUGAAGACAGUGUUCAAAUUAGAGAUUUAAAAACUGGUCUUUAUAAGAAUCUUAAUCUGGUCCAUGCAAAGGAAACUGGAAUUAUAGAUAGUCUAAACUCAAAAUUGUCCUAUAAUAAUCAGAAUAUAACAAUUAAACACGCAUUUGAUAUUGGUAUAUUAAAGGAUGUGCGUGCGCCUAUAAGUAUACAAAGAGCAAUACAUCAAGGGUUACUUGAUGAAGCUAAUGGAAAAUUUACUGACCCCAAAACUAAUCGUAAAAUUACAUUAUUGGAAUGUAUGCGCUCAUUUAUUAUAAAUCCACAAUUACCUUGCUAUUUUGAUAUAGAAAAAGAACAAAUUCUUAAUUUAAGUGAGACUUGUCGUAAUGGUAUAAUUAAUAGACGAGAGGGCGUAUUCAGGGAACCUAGUAGUAAUACAUUUAUAUCAUUAAGUGAAGCUAUGAAUUUGGGACUCAUAGUGGAUAUAGAAACUGCUAGUUUUGGCUUAUAUGAACUGUUAGCUAUGGGUUUUUAUGAUAUUGCGACACGUAAAGUGUUACAUCCUGUUACAGGAAGAAAGCUUCGAUUAAGUGAAGCUUGUGUUGAAGACAUUGUUAGCCUGUCUUCAAGUUUAAUAAAACACAAUAAAUCAGGGAAAUAUAUACGUUUAUCUAAUGCGAUAAAAGAAAAAAUUAUUGACGAUUGCCAUAACUAUUAUGAUACUAAUAACGGUCAAAUUGAUUUGCAAGAAGCUCGAAAUCGUGGUUUUAUUGUAUCAAAUCAUCGAUUACUUAGCUUAGAAAUGAUAAUGCGCAUGCAAUUAUAUCGACCAGACACAGGUAAAUUUUGUGAUCCAACUACUAAUGAAUUUUUUGACUUAUUGCAAUCCAUUAAUAAUGGUUUCAUAGACCCAUCAACCACUGUUUUCAAAAAUCAACUAAAUAAUUUUGAAAUUCCUCUUAAUGAAGCUAUCGAAAAUGGUGAUAUAGACGUUAUAAAAGGACGAGUACUUGACCCUAAAUCUAAAACCUCUUAUAACUAUGAUAUUGCUUUUACACGGGGCGUAUUGAUAUCUGUAAAUAAACCUCUAACCGAACGCAUUGAAAAAGUUAAAAUUAAAGACAGUUCUGAAUUAUUUGGACAGACAGCUGUCAGUAUUGUGGUUAGUAAACCUAGAGAAAUGUCACUUGAAGAAGCUAUAAAAUUUAAUAUUAUAAAUCCCAAAACAGCAUUAGUUCGUAAUUUUGAAACUUUUAAAUUUUUACCUUUUGAAGUAGCACAGCAAAAUAAUGUUCUUGAUUUAAGUAAGCGAACUUUAGUGGAUCCUAAUGCAUUAUAUUUUGUAUUCGAUCCUACUCUUAUCAUAUAUGUACAAGAGCCAUUAUCAUUUGAACAAGCUGCUGAGUCUAAGAUCUUAGAUUUGCAAACCGGUGUAUUAAAUUAUGCAAAGCCCACUUUGAAAGAAAAACAAGAGUAUAAUCUUAAAAGUAGUGCUAGUAAUUCGUUAGAAGUGCAAGAAACGCUCCAAAGUUAUAGUCUCAAGGAUGCAACAAGCAUUGGUAUUAUUGAUCCUGAUUCUGCUUUAAUAAAAGAUAUGUCAAAAUCAAAGCUUAUACGAUUACCUGAAGCAUUUCGAAAAGGUCUUAUUGAUGCAAAUAAGGCAAAUGUGUUAAACACUAAAACUUCAAAACUUUACUCGUUACAAGAAGCAUAUGAAAGUGGUCUACUUAUCACACCAAAACGUUCGUUUGGGCUACUAGAAGCAAUAACUUUUAAUCUAUACAAUCCAACGAGCGGCCUUUUUGUCGACCCUUUUCAAAUGCAUCCAGAUAUAAUUAAACGAAAAAAAUUUACAUUAAAUGAUGCUAUUGGCAGCGGCCUUAUAGAUCCUUCAUCCACAGUAGUACGUGAUCCAACAAAUGGUGAUAUUAUACCACUAGUAGCUGCUAUCACUAGUGGACUUAUUGAUGCCACUCAAGGUCGCUUUAUUGAUACAAAUGAUGAUAAAAAUAAUAUCGAUUUUGUAAAAGCGUCUGAUAAAGGCCUUCUUCUCUUUGCCGAACAAAGGCAAGCUGUUUUCGAAAAGUUCAAUUUAUGUGAAGAGAAUGUUAACGAAUUACUAAAAUGGGUGACGAUAGUAGAACACAAAAUAUCUAUAGUAGGUGGCCCUCGAGAAAGGAUGGAUGAACUGCGUAAUCAAAUAAAUGCACUUAAGCAAAUUAAAGAUGAAAUUGAUAGCCAACAGCGUCCUGUAGCCGCUUGUCUUGAACAAAUUCGUCAAAUCGUUCUUACUGGUGGGGAUGUACUUUCUGUACCAGAAAUAUCAACUUUAGAAAACGCUGGUCGAGAGUUGCGAAGUCGUGUAGAUCGAGUUAAUGAUCGUACUGUACGACUUUUGCGGCGAUUAGAAAUAGGACGAGAUGAAUUAAACAAAUUAUGUGUUGAAUUGGAAUCCUUCUCGAAUUGGUUGCAAAAUGCAAGGCGUACACUUGAGGAUAAAGAACGUUCCCUUUCAGAUUUAAAUAGUUUACCAUCACAAGCUGAUUCAGUUCGAGAUUUUGUCAGUGAUGUUAUAGGUCAUCAAGCGGAUUUACGUUUCAUAACAAUGGCUGCGCAAAAAUUUGUUGAUGAGAGUAAAGAAUUUUUAUCUGUUUUAAAUGACUUCAGAACUUCAUUACCUGAGCGGUUACCGCACAUUGAACCACAUUCUAUUACUGAAAGCCCUAUACGUCAAGAAGUUUCAUUGGUAUCAACACAUUAUAAAGAUCUUCUUCAUAGGGUGAAUGCAUUACAAGAUCGCAUUUUAGAACUUGGAGGACGUCAACGUGAAUAUCAAGAUUCUUUGGAAAAAGCGAAUGAAUGGCUUCGUAAUGCUAAACCACGUGUGACACGUAUACUAUCUGAACCCGUCGCUGGUGACUCAAAAACAGUACAAGAUCAAAUGAAUGAGGCCAAAGCAAUGCAUAACGAAAUUUUAUUAAAUGGGCGUUUAGUCGAUAACGCACAACAAUCUUUAGAUAGUUUAAUUAAAUCAUCGGGUAACCAACUAAGCCCAAUAGAAAUAAGCAAAUUAGAAAACCCAGUAGCUGAUAUAAAAGAAAAAUAUCAGCAAAUUCUCGAUUCUUUGGCAGAACAUUGUAAAACAUUAGAUAAAACGUUAGUGCAAUCUCAAGGUGUUCAAGAUGCUUUAGAUGGUCUUGUAAGCUGGGUAAACCAAACUGAAGACAAAUAUAAAUUACAAAUACGACCAGCUUCACUUAUAAAAGAUCGAUUACAAGAACAAAUUCGAGAACACAAAUCUUUAUUUGCUGAUAUGCAAUCACACCAAGUCAGUAUGGACAGUGUCAAAACAUCUGCUAAACAUUUAAUGAACACUGCUUCAAAUGCUCGAAUUGCUAAAAAAGUAGAAACAAAUCUUAAUGAUUUAUCCAGUAAAUUUGACAAAUUGUACGAGAAAGUGAUUAAAAGGGGUCAAUUUUUAGAUAAUGUUUUUAUUAAAUUAUCUAAAUAUCUUGAUGAAAUAACAGAUAUAGAACAGAAACUUACAUCUUUGCAAGAAGCUUUGGAUAGUCGAGAUAGUUCUUUACCAAACUGUGAUGAAUCAACAAAUCGUAUGAUCGAUUGUUCUCGACAGAAAGAACGCAUCAUGCCUCAAUAUGAACAAUGCGUUCAAAAUGGCAAAGAUUUAAUCAACAUGCGUGACGUUACAGAUACAAAUCCUUUAAGAGAUCGCAUUAAAACACUUGAGUCACAAUGGCGAAAUAUUAAUAUUAAUUUGGAUGAGAAAGCUAAACUUUCUAAACAAAAAGCAGAGCAACAAAAGACCUAUGAAAGUCUGAAAAACGAAGUAUUAUCUUGGCUGUCCAUUAUGGAAACUCGUAUAAAUGGAUUGUCUGCAAUAGCUAUUGAUUUAGAUGUGAUUCGUCAACAAAACGAUGAACUAAAACCAAUAUAUAAAGAUUAUCGUGAUUAUGGACUAACGAUUGAUAAAAUAAAUGAUAUUGGAGCCCAGUAUGAUGCUCUCAUUCGUCCCGAUAGUCCAGCGCGUAAACGUUCAACAUUUAGCCCCAUCAAAAGAGUUAGUCCUCUGCGUCGCAUGUCGGGAGAUGGUAGAAGUCCUAGCCCAACGAAAGGAGGUGUACUGUCGCCACUAUCAACUGGUUCCAGUGGAUUUGGUAGCCGCAGAUCAUCUCAAGACGGAUUUCAGAUUUCUGAAUUAUCUCCUGUACAGCAGCAAUUGAGUGAAAUAAAUAAUCGCUAUGGUCUAAUAGGUGUAAAACUUAAUGAUCGUCAAAAUGAGCUUGAUAAUAUGAACGAUGAAGUACGUAAGCAAUAUGACAAUCUAAAAAAUUUGAACUCAUUUUUGGAACGUAUUCAUCGCCAAGUAUCAAAAGAAACUAUUUCAAACAAAGACGAAGCUGAUUCCUGUAUUAAACAAUCUAGAAAAGUACUUGAAGAUAUGUAUGAAAAGCAAAGUCUAUUAGACACUACAAAAACUCAAAUAAAGGACAUUUUGCGACGAAAAUCAGAUGUACCUGGUGCAGAGCAGCUUCGCAUUGAGAACGAUAAUAUUGUUGAGAAGUGGAAGAAUCUGAAUGAUAUUUUUAAAAUUCGCAUCGAAUUUUCUGAAAAGCUAAGAGAUUUUCUAGAUACGCAAAAUAAUCUUAAGAAUUGGCUAGAAAGUAAAGAGCGUAUGCUCACUGUAUUGGGACCAAUAUCGUCUGAUCCACGCAUGGUACAAAGCCAGGUUCAACAAGUUCAAGUAUUAAGAGAAGAGUUCCGUACUCAACAACCACAGUUAAAACACUUACAAGAAAUUGGUUGCGAUGUUUUAGACCAUAUGCGGGAAUCUCCUGAUCGUGUGUCUAUAGAGAAUAAAUUAAAAGAUAUUCAAAGCAAAUGGGAUGAUCUUGUUGGACGUCUUGAUGAUCGCGCAAAUAGUUUAGGUGGUGCAGCUGACAGCAGUAAAGAAUUUGAUGCGGCAGUUAGUCGACUUCGAGAGGCUCUUCAAAAUAUAAGUGAUAAUCUAGAUUCACUACCAAAUGAUGGCGACCAUCAAGAAAAUUUACGCAAAAUUGAAAACUUGGAUAGACAAUUAGAAGGUCAACGUCCUUUAUUAGCCGAUGCGGAGCAAUCAGCUGCAGCCCUUUGUAAUAUUUUAGGUGAUCCUGCCUCUCGUGCUGAUGUUAACUCCCGAGUAGUUGCACUUGAAAAACAAUAUAAAGCAUUACAGAAAAAGCUUGAUACCAUAAAAGCUGAAACUGAAGCAUCAUUGCGAGAUGGUCGGCAAUUCGCAGAAAAUUGUUCAAAAACACUUGGAUGGCUUUUGGGAGAAUUAUCAAAUCUCUCCGAUCGCCUAUUAAUUUCUGCACAUAAACCAACAUUGCAACAUCAAAUAGAUACACAUGAACCAAUCUAUCGAGAAGUGAUGGCUCGGGAACAUGAAAUUAUUAUGUUAAUUAAUAAAGGUAAAGAAUUAGGUGAUCAUCAUCAAGAUCGUAGUGUGAAACGGGAUUUAGAACGUAUUCAACAACAAUGGGAAAAAUUGCGUCGUGAAGCAGUAGAUCGGCAUACGCGUUUGCAAACUUGUAUGGAACAAAGUAAAAAUUACUCACAGACAUCGGAAAUUUUUCUAUCAUGGUUGCGAAGUGCUGAAGAGAAACUAGUCAAUUUAACUCCUGGUAUACUGUCAAAAUCUAAACUAGAAAUACGUCAAAAAGAUUUACAAACAUUCCGCACUGAAGUGUGGAAACGUUCUGGAGAAUAUGAAAACACAAAAGGUUUAGGUGAAACAUAUUUAAGUAGUUGCGAUAUUGAUAAAGAGCCAAUUAAAGCUGAAUUACAAGAUAUACGAGAUCGUUGGGAUCGACUUAAUAAUGAUCUAAUUGCUCGAGCUCAUGAAAUUGAAAAUUCCUCUCGAAGAUUGGGCGAUUUCAAUGAUGAACUUAGAAACUUAGAUCAUGGAGUUGGAAGAUGUGAAGAUCAUCUUGCUGCUCAUAAUGCACUUGGUGGUGCAGCUAAAGACCCAAAAUUAUUAGAACGUGUUAAAGCAAUUCGCGAAGAAUUAAUGAAUCUGAGUAAACCCUUACAAUCCCUCAAAGCAAUGGCUAAAGACAUUUGUUCUGAAGCACGUGCAGCUGGUGGCGAUGCAGAACACUUAACAGCUGAUGUCGAUAGCAUAUCGGAUCGUAUCGCUGAUUUACAAGGCCGACUUGAUGAUCGUUGUGGUGAGUUACAAUCAGCGGCUACUGCUGUAACCCAAUUUAAUGAACAAAUAAAAAAUUUGAGUGCUAAUCUAAACGACCUAGAACACGAAAUUGAAAAUUUGUCACCACCUGGUCGUGAAAUUAAAGUCGUGCAAAAACAAUUGGAUGACAUAUCUAAACUUCAAAAUAAAUUAGAUCACAUUGUUAACCGUUUACAAGAUGCUGAACGAGCAGCAGAUAGUUUAGUUGAUUCUGGCUUUUCUCCAGAUACAACACAAACCCGCGAACAAAUUGGAUCAUUGCGUAAGACAUUUGGAAGACUAGAAAACCGUGUACGUGACCAUGAAAGUAACUUACAAAUUAUACUAAUUGCUCUUAAUAAGUUUUAUGAUAUACAAUCUCAAACUCUUGAUAAUAUUCAAGAAGUUAGCAAUGAUUUUAAGCGUCUCAAACCAGUAAGUUCAGAGCUAGAUCAAAUUAGAAAGCAACAAGAAGACUUCCGUAAUUUUAGAGAAAAAAGAGUUGAACCACUUACACAAAAUGUAGAAAAAGUUAAUAUUUCAGGUCGUGAUCUUGUAAUAUCUGCGGCUAGUGGUGUCUCAACUUCAACCAUUGAAAAAGAUUUGGAAAAAUUAAACGAUCGUUGGAAUGAUCUUAAAGAACGCAUGAAUGAGCGCGAUAGACGUCUUGAUGUAGCACUUUUGCAGUCAGGAAAGUUUCAAGAAGCUUUAGCUGGUCUCUCUAAAUGGUUAUUUGAUACUGAAGAAAUGGUUGCUAAUCAAAAGUCUCCAAGUUCUGAUUAUAAAGUUGUAAAAGCUCAAUUACAAGAACAAAAAUUUCUUAAAAAAAUGCUGUUAGAUAGACAAAAUUCGAUGUCAUCAUUAUCAACCUUAGGUAAAGAAGUAGCAAAUCAUUGUGAACCUGACGAACGCUCUGUAAUUGAAAAACAACUUUACGACCUCUUAAAACGUUUCGAUGCUUUAACAGAUGGUGCAGAACAACGUGAGCAUGAUUUGGAGGAAGCAAUGGAAGUUGCGAAACGUUUUCAUGAUAAAAUUAGUCCUCUUGAGCUAUGGUUAGAUAAUGCUGAACGUGCUGUAAAAAGCAUGGAAUUAAUACCAACAGAUGAAGAAAAAAUUCAACAACGAAUUCGUGAACAUAAUCGUUUACAUGAUGAAAUAAUGUCAAAAAAACUCGAAUUUACAGAUUUAGCAGAUAUUGCUGCCCAACUAAUGCACUUAGUUAGUGAUGAAGAAGCAGAAAAUUUGGGUGAAAAAGUUCGUGUAAUAACAGAUCGAUAUACAAAUUUAGUGGAAGCAAGUGAGAAUAUCGGUUUGCUUUUAGCUGAGUCACGACAAGGUUUGCGCCACUUAGUUCUAACAUAUCAGGAACUUGUUGCGUGGAUGGAGAGUAUGGAAAAUGAAUUAAAACGAUUUAAGUAUGUACCCGUCUAUUCAGAAAAGCUUUUAGAACAAAUGGAUAAUUUGCUUGAACUUAAUGAAAAUAUUGCAAAUCAUGCACCUAACGUUGAAUCCACUGUAGACUCUGGUUCCGAGUUAAUGAAGCACAUAUCCAAUGAUGAGGCAAUUCAGCUCAAAGACAAACUUGAUUCACUACAACGCCGAUAUGGUGAACUCACCAAUCGAGGUGGCGACUUAUUAAAAACUGCUCAAAAUGCAUUACCAUUGGUUCAACAGUUUCACGAUGCUCAUAAUCGGUUAAUUGAGUGGAUACAAGUUGCUGAGAUAUCUUUAACACCGAGUGAACCAAGACAAUCUGAUAUCCUUAGACUUGAAAUAGAAUUAUCAGAAAUGAGGCCAAUUUUGGAUACUGUUAACUUAAUCGGACCACAGUUAUGUCAAAUAUCUCCAGGUGAUGGAGCUACUACAAUUGAAAAUAUCGUAACACGUGAUAAUCGUAGAUUUGAUUCUAUUGUGGAACAAAUACAGCGUAAGGCUGAACGAUUACAUUUGAGCAAUCAACGUGCUAAAGAAGUAACUGGUGAUAUUGAUGAACUGCUAGAAUGGUUUAGGGAUAUGGAUGCCAAUUUACGUGAAGCCGAUUUACCAGCUCUUGAUCCAAAAUUAGUGCGAGCACAGUUACAGGAGCAUCGAUCAAUUAACGAUGACAUUUCUAGUCAAAAAGGUCGAGUUAGAGAUGUGACUGCUGCAUCCAAAAAAGUAUUGCGUGAAUCACCGCAGAGUGAAAACACUGCCACACUACGUGAAAAACUUGAUGACUUAAAAGAAAUUGUUGAUACGGUUGUUCAGUUAUGUGGUGAACGUCUAGGAAUACUAGAACAAGCUCUUCCUCUAUCUGAACAUUUUGCCGACUCGCAUACGGGCUUAAGUUCUUGGCUGGAUGAUAUGGAACAACAAAUAUCGCGGCUUAGUAUGCCAGCACUGCGUCCAGAUCAAAUAGCAGUUCAACAAGAUAAAAAUGAGCGGUUUCUUCAAUCGAUAAUUGAACAUAAACCAUUACUCGAUAAACUCAAUAAAACUGGAGAAGCAUUAGGUGCGAUAGUUGCUGAUGAAGAUGGUGCAAAAAUAAAUGAAACAGUUGACUCUGAUAAUUCGCGAUAUGUUGCUUUACGUUUAGAACUACGUGAGCGGCAACAAGCACUUGAAAAUGCAUUACAAGAAUCAAGUCAAUUUUCAGAUAAACUUGAAGGUAUGUUACGUGCAUUGGCAAACACCAUAGAUCAAGUUAAUCAACUUGAUCCUCUCUCUGCACUACCACAAAAAAUUCGUGAACAAAUCGAAGAUAACUCCGCUAUUAUGAAUGAUCUAGAUAAACGUACAGAUGCGUUCUCUGCAGUGCAAAGAGCAGCAAACGAUGUCAUUGCUAAAGCUGGCAAUAAGUCUGAUCCUGCUAUUCGUGAUAUUAAAAGUAAACUAGAGAAGCUUAACAAUCUCUGGAAAGAUGUACAAAAGGCUACAAAGAAACGUGGAAGUUGUUUAGAAGAUAUUUUAAAUGUUGCAGAACCAUUUUGGAAACAAUUGCAUGGAGUCAUGAAAACACUCAAGGAUUUGGAAGAAACUCUAUCAUCCCAAGAACCACCUGCAGCGCAACCUCAAGAAAUUCAAAAACAACAAGUAGCUUUACAAGAAAUUCGUUACGAAAUAGAUCAAACAAAACCGGAUGUUGAAAAAGUUCGACGUCAUGGUAGUAAUUUGAUGAAUAUGUGCGGUGAACCUGAUAAACCAGAAGUUAAAAAACAUAUCGAAGAUCUUGACAAUGCUUGGGACAAUAUUACAGCGUUAUAUGCAAAGCGUGAAGAGAAUUUAAUUGAUGCUAUGGAGAAAGCAAUGGAAUUCCAUGAGACAUUGCAAAAUUUGCUUAAAUUCUUAACAAAAGGAGAAGAAAAUUUUGGGCAACUAGGACCAGUUGGUUCUGAUAUUGAUGCAGUAAAAAAACAAAUCGAGCAACUGAAACUAUUUAAAGAUGAAGUAGAUCCACAUAUGGUUAAAGUAGAAGCAUUAAACAGAGGUUUAGAAAGACAAGCUGUUGAAUUAACGGAAAAAACUUCACCCGAACAAGCUGCAUCGAUUCGAGAACCACUUUCAGUGGUUAAUCGCAGAUGGGAAAAUCUGUUACGAGGAAUGGUAGAACGUCAGAAACAAUUGGAACACGCUUUGUUACACCUUGGUCAAUUCCAGCAUGCACUUAAUGAACUACUUAUUUGGAUCAGUAGAACUGACAGUACAUUAGAUCAAUUAAAGCCCAUUCCUGGUGAUCCACAGUUGUUGGAAGUCGAACUAGCUAAAUUGAAAGUAUUAGCAAACGAUAUCCAAGCUCAUCAGAACUCUGUAGAUACUCUAAAUGAUGCUGGACGACAACUAAUCGAAUCUGAGAAAGGUUCACUAGAAGCAUCAACUACCCAAGAGAAACUUCGAAAACUAAAUCAAGAAUGGAAAACAUUAUUACAAAAGGCGUCAGAUAGGCAGCAUGAGCUAGAAGAAUCACUACGUGAGGCACAAGGUUUCAUAGCAGAAGUUCAAGAUAUUUUAGGCUGGUUGGGAGAUGUGGAUGCCGUUAUUGGUGCCAGUAAACCUGUAGGAGGUCUACCAGAAACUGCUACAGAGCAAUUGGAAAGAUUUAUGGAAGUAUAUAAUGAAUUGGAAGAAAAUCGUCCUAAAGUAGAAACUAUUCAAGCUCAAGGCCAAGAGUACAUUAAACGACAGAAUCAAAUGCGAGUUUCUUCUAGUAACUUGCAACAUACACUACGUACAUUAAAACAACGCUGGGAUGCAGUGGUAUCACGUGCUUCAGACAAAAAAAUUAAAUUAGAAAUAGCUUUGAAAGAAGCAACUGAAUUUCAUGAUACACUGCAAGCUUUUGUUGAGUGGUUAUCACAAGCUGAAAAAUUACUAACUAAUGCUCAACCCGUAUCACGUAUAUUGGAAACAAUUCAAGUACAAAUGGAGGAACAUAAAAUUUUGCAAAAAGAUGUAAGUACACAUAGGGAAGCCAUGUUGCUCCUCGACAAAAAAGGAACCCAUCUUAAAUAUUUUAGCCAAAAACAGGAUGUUAUUUUGAUUAAAAAUUUAUUGGUGUCAGUGCAGCAUCGCUGGGAACGUGUAGUAAGUAAAGCAGCAGAACGUACUAGAGCUCUUGAUCAUGGUUAUAAAGAAGCACGAGAAUUUAAUGAUGCUUGGCAAAAUAUGAUGCAAUACUUGCAAGAAACUGAAUCAGUUCUGGAUCUUAUAAUUGAAGAAGCUACUGCGUCAAAAGAACCACAAAAAAUCAAAAAAUUUAUCACAAAAUUGAAAGAAACACAUCGUCAGUUAGCAAGCAAGCAAUCUUUAUAUGAUUCAACUAUGCGUUCUGGUAAAAAUCUCAUGGAGCGUGCACCAAAAAGUGAUGAAACAAUUCUUAAUAAAAUGUUGAAUGAACUUAAAGAACAAUGGUCACGUACUUGGUCAAAGAGUAUUGAAAAACAGCGUAAGUUAGAAGAAGCUUUGCUAUUAUCUGGACAAUUUUCUGAUGCAUUAGGAGAGCUUCUUGAGUGGCUUAAAAAAGCUAAAAAUCGUUUAAAUGAAACUGGGCCUGUACAUGGUGAUCUUGAAACAGUUCAAAGGCUAGUUGAACAUCAUAAACAUAUUGAACAAGACCUACAAAAACGUUCAAAUCAAAUGCAGGGCGUAUUGAAAACAGGACGCGAUUUAGAAAGGUCUGGUAACAAUCCUGAUGUUGGGCGACAACUAGAUGAGCUGCAAUAUAUAUGGGAUGAAGUGAAAAAUUGUACUGCUAAACGUGGAGAACGUUUACAAGUUGCAUUGAGAGAAGCAGAAAAAUUAAAUGGAAAUAUUCAAGCUUUGUUUGAUUGGCUAGAUCACGCAGAACAUAAACUUCGCUACUCAAAAAAUGCCCCCGACGAUGAAAAAAUAUCACGUGAAAUGAAGGAAAUUCAUAUGGAAUUUGUUAAUGAAUUACACAAUCGUGAACGUCAAAAAAAUGAAACAUUUGAUUUUGCAGAAAUAAUUAUAAGUAAAGCGUACCCAGAUGCAAUACCAAUCAUUAAAAAUUGGUUAACAAUAAUACAACAGCGCUGGGAUGAAGUUACGCAAUGGGCACUUAAUAGAGAAGCAAAAUUGGAACAACACCUACAGUCAUUAAAGGACCUUGAUGACACUAUUGAAGAAUUGUUAGCUUGGUUAGGUGGACUUGAAGCAACAUUAUUAAAUUUAGAACGCGAAUCACUGCCCAAUGAAAUUACACCAUUAGAACGGCUAAUUGAAGAUCAUAGAGAGUUUAUGGAAAAUACGGCUCGUAGACAAAUGGAAGUGGAUCGAGCUUGUAAGCCUAAACAAUUGCCACCUGGAGCACGCAAAAUGUCUCGGAAUGCUAAAACACCAGUUCGUGGAUCAAGCCAUGAUCUACGCGAACAAUCACCUGAUGGUACCUUGAGACGACAAAGUUUUAAAGGAUCUCGCGAUCAAGGUUUAAAUACUAGAAAAUCAAGUCGUAUAACACCAAGUCGUGAUACACCUGAUAGAGAUCGUUUACCACAUUAUGGACCACGAUUUUCUCCAAGUUCUGUUGCUCCAGAAUUGGAAUUCCGAUCAUCUAGAGCCAAGUUGUUGUGGGACAAAUGGCGUCAUGUUUGGAUGCUGUCUUGGGAACGUCAACGACGCUUACACGAGCAUCUUAUGUAUUUAAAAGAUGUUGAACGCGUACGUAACUUUAGCUGGGAUGAUUGGAGGAAAAGAUUCCUUAAAUAUAUGAAUCACAAAAAAUCACGUUUGACUGAUUUGUUUAGAAAAAUGGAUAAGGAUAAUAAUGGUUUAAUACCACGUGCCGAAUUCAUAGAUGGAAUAAUAAAUACGAAAUUUGACACUUCUCGAAUGGAAAUGGGUGCAGUGGCAGAUCUUUUUGAUCGUAAUGGUGAAGGGCUAAUUGAUUGGCAAGAAUUUAUAGCAGCUUUAAGACCCGAUUGGCAAGAACGCAAACCAGCAACUGAUUCAGAUAAAAUACAUGAUGAAGUUAAACGCCUUGUUAUGCUUUGCACAUGUCGACAAAAAUUCCGCGUAUUUCAAGUUGGCGAAGGAAAGUAUAGGUUUGGCGACUCUCAAAAAUUACGUUUGGUGCGAAUAUUGCGUAGCACAGUUAUGGUUCGUGUAGGCGGCGGCUGGGUUGCACUUGAUGAGUUCUUACAAAAAAAUGAUCCUUGUCGCGCUGAUGAACAUUUAGCUGAACUAAUGCCUAUUUUUGAACGUAUUCGUGCACAAGAACAAGUCCCAUGUGCUUUUCCCAUUCACAUGGGAGCAGGGGGUACGGUAUUUGUUCGUUGCAAUAGUAGUCGCUCAGUGCCUUUGAGUCCACAUGUACUACACUGUCAUCCCACAAAUCACUGGGUUCGAGAAAGAUCAGUUCGGUCUAUACCAAUGUCACGACCACCAAGGUCUUCAUUAUCUGCUUCUACUCCGGAUUCACUUAGUGAUAAUGAGGGAAGUCAUAGUGGACCUUCAGGAAGAUAUACGCCACGAAAAGUAACUUAUACAAGUACACGAACUGGGUUGACUCCAGGAGGCUCCCGAGCUGGUUCGAAACCAAACUCACGACCACUGAGUAGACAAGGCUCAAAGCCACCUUCUCGUCAUGGCUCUACACAUUCAUUAGAUAGCACAGAUGAGACAACACCAUCACGUAUUCCUCAACGGAAACGAAUUGUUUCAGAUACAAUUUCUGCAACAGGUACAACACCUAGACCUUCGCGGCUGUCGGUAACAACAUCAUCACGUACUAAUGGCACUACUGCAGCGACUAGGAAAACAGCUUCUGGUUCCGCAAGUCCAGCUCCUGCAAGUAAUGGAGGCAUGAGUAGAUCAUCCAGUAUACCAGCUUUAACAGGUUUCGGCUUCAAAUAUAGCCGGCAAUCAAGGAUUCCCAUUAAAGUGCCAUCAUUCGAUCAUUCAUCGAAUUCUUCUCCUACAAGUAUUACAACAUCGAAAAGUACUAAUCAACCAAGCAGUUCAGGGCGAAAUAUAAGUGGCAGUUCAACACCAUCGGGCAUGCAAACCCCAAGAAAGAGUUCAGCAGAGCCAACAUUUAGUUCAACGAUGCGCAGAACUUCUCGUGGUACUACACCAGUCGAAAAACGUGAACCAUUCAGACUUUAGAGUAUAUUUCAAAUGUUUGAAUAAUACUUCUUAAACGAGUCCCAGAGAACAUCGAAUUGAAAUCGCACAAAUAGAUGCUUACACAUACCAUAACAAAUCUACAGUUUUACAGUAAUAUAAAAUAAACAAAAAUAAGCAGAUAUUUUUAUUUUAAAUUUUAAAAAUAUAUGUAUGUAUUUUGAAGAGGAAGUCUCAUAUAUUUACAAAAAUAUAGUCAGAAAUACCAGUCUUGAACUGUAUAAAAUACAAAAAUCGAAAUUCAAUAAUCUUUAUUCAAGUAACGUCCUAACAUUUUGUAAAUAUUAUAUACAUUAAUAAUUAAAUUAAAUAGAAGU